CCUGGCCGGCGUGCACGCGCGGGUGAUGCGCUAGCCAUGAUCUCGCAGAAGCUGUCGUACGGCGACGUGCCGACGUCCGCGUCGCUGUCCUCGCUGUCGCCCGGUCUCGCGCCCCCCUACGUGAACGGCAUGGGGUGCAUGCCGACGCAGCCCUACCCGAACCUGUACACCAACAACAUGGUCGCCGGCGGCUCCUGCAUGGGCUCCGCCGGCGUCGGCUACUCGCCGCCCAGCACGAUGGCCUCCUGCAUGGGCGGCGGCGGCGCGGUGCCCUACGGUGCCCUGCCGCGCGAGCAGGAGGCCGCGUCCCCGACCUCGGCCCUGCAGCGCGCGCGCAACGACAAGACCUACCGCCGCUCCUACACGCACGCGAAGCCGCCCUACUCCUACAUAUCGCUCAUCACGAUGGCCAUCCAGAACAACCCGUCGCGGAUGCUCACGCUGUCGGAGAUCUACCAGUUCAUCAUGGACCUGUUCCCGUUCUACCGGCAGAACCAGCAGCGCUGGCAGAACUCGAUUCGGCACUCGUUGUCGUUCAACGACUGCUUCGUGAAGGUGCCGCGGACCCCGGACAAGCCCGGCAAGGGCUCCUUCUGGACGCUGCACCCGGACAGCGGGAACAUGUUCGAGAACGGCUGCUUUCUGCGGCGGCAGAAGAGGUUCAAGGACGAGAAGAAGGAGAACAUCCGCCAGGCGCAGAAGGCGGCGCAGACGCACGGCCACCACGGCUCGCACGACAAGCGCGACCACGCGCAUGACAAGGCGCCAGGUCCGGGCGAGGACAAGGAGAUGCGCGACGAGCUGCUGGCGCAGCUGCACGCGGCGCCCGAGCUGUGCCUGCCCGAGCAUACGCCGCUGGCGCUCGAGCACUACGCGCAGCUCAAGCAGGAGCCGACGGGCUACGCGCCCGCGCCGCACCCCUUCAGCAUCACGCGCCUGCUGCCCGGCGCCGACACCAAGACGGACCUGAAGAUGUACGACGUCAACUACGGGUACGGGCACGCACCGGCUGACAACUACUACCAGUCGUCGCUGUACCACCACCACCACGCGCACGCGCAGGCGCCCUUGUGACAGUAUCCGCUGGCGUAGGCGCCCCGCCGGACCGCCGCGCCCUGGCCGCGCUGAGGUCCCGGGCCACCCGUCAGCUUCCCGGACUCCAAGUGAGCGUGAUCUGUGUUCUUGUGAUACGUAGCCCGCGAGCGCGAGUGUCGCCCGCCGCCGGCGCCGCACCACCUGGGGUUUGUAAAUUUAUGUAAAUAUUUUUCAUGUUUCCGAAGGGGUUUCGUAUUGUGCGCAUUAGUAUGUAGGCGGACGCGCGAGCGGCGUCCCCGGGCGGGCGGCGGCCGCGCCGAUAGGCCUAGCGGCUCCGCGGGCUCACACCGACUAGGACUUCUAGAAGUGUCCUUCGAGAUAGCGCACAUUCGUAUACUAAAUGUGGUUUUGAUUCUGCUAUUUUUUACAAAACACGCGUUCCACACGUUAGCGAAAUUUUGUAGUUCAAAAACAAUGUUAAAAUGUAGGAAAAACGAAAUAGCCAUUAGAUAUCGUUUGCUCUCGGAUCGAUACGGUGCAAAUAGUACCUAAUCGCAGCUAAUGCGGUCGAUAUCGAAGCUUUAUCUGUUUUGAUAAGCGCGUAACGCGCGUUGAAAUCUUUUGUUUAUAUGUAAAUAUCACUCGUAACUGAACGAAUAUUAUACGAUAUUAUAAACUUUAAUAGUGGUGUAAAUAUCAUUUGUACAAUCGUCGGAAAGGGAGUGUAGUUCUUAUGCAUCGAAUAUUUUUGGUGUCGAGAGGCCUAAGUUUUAGUAUACAAGUGUGCGUGUUUGCAAUCAUAUCGACGAACUGUGCAAUGUUGCUCGUGUAACAAAUGUAUAAAUAUAUUAUUAAAUUAAUAGAUAGGGAACAGAAUUAUAGUCGUGUCGAACGUAUACCUAGAUAAGUUUGUAAAUAUAGCUGUUAAGGUGAAAUUAUAUUACUAUCUUCUAAGUAACGGUGUUUGGUGUUUCAUAGGUACCUAUCUACGCUUCUGCACAUUCCAUUCUAAUAUAUAUUUAUAUGCAAGUGUCAAUUUAGCAUUUAAUAUUUAUCAAAAAUCGUUUGGCAUACGUAUGAUAUCAAACAAACAUCGAAUCUUUAACGAGACUAAAAUAUACUCCCGUUGAAGCAAAUAAAAUUCGCGUUUCGCGUUCGGUUUAAUUUUCAUUUUCGACUCAUUUAAAGUUCAAUUUAUUCAUAUUUCUAUUACAAAACAACUUGAGAUGUGUCGUCAGCCUCGAAUAUAGCGAGUCACAGCACCUUGGACGUAAUAAUUAAGUCGGACCUUGGCUCUGUCUUUAUCAUCUCCAAAUACGAUUUACAACAGCCACGCGUGUCUUGUCACGUGCUAUCGAAAUGUAUCUAAAUAGACUUAAUACGAUUCAAAACUAUUCAACGAUAUCAUUAGUCAAUAACAAAAAAUAUCCCCCUUCUGAUAUUAUGGUCCUUCUAAAUAAUAAUAUUUGUUGAUACUUAAUAUGGCUAAAUACGCCGAAUUGUGAAAUAGCUGUUCCUUGAAAUUGUAAUCAAAAUAAUCUAUCGUAAAAUUCAUAUAAUUAUGCAUAACUUACUUUACUAAAUUGGACAAGAAGUU